AGACUUUCGAGCUAAAAACAAAAGUAUCUAUAUAAAAUAAAUAAAAUAGCGUCGAAAAUAAAAAAUACAUGAUCAUUCUUCUAUAUAUAAUUUUACCAAUCUCACUAUUUCCACGACGCCUUCACCAACAGACUCGCUAGAGGGAGAGAGAGAGAGAGAGAGAGAGAGAAAGAGGGAUAGUCAAAGAUGUUUUACUUCGUGAUUGUUCUCCCUUUAGCUCUCUUUCUCUUGGCUUACAAAUUCAUCUUCACUUCCAAAACGAAGCGUUUCAACCUCCCUCCUUCUCCGCCUCACUCUCUUCCCAUCCUCGGCCACCACCGCCUCCUCAAACCGCCGGUCCACCGUCUCUUCCACCGCCUCUCCAAAACACACGGCCCAAUCUUCUCCCUCCAAUUCGGCUCCCGCCGCACCGUCGUGAUCUCCUCUUCCUCACUCGCAACAGAAUGCUUCACGGGACAAAACGACGUCCUUCUAUCAAACCGGCCUUGUUUCCUAACCGCGAAGUACGUCGCAUACAACUACACAACCGUCGGAACCGCACCUUACGGCGACCACUGGCGUAACCUCCGCAAAAUUUGCUCCCUCGAAAUCCUCUCCACGAACCGUAUUACCAACUUCCUCUACAUCCGUAAAGACGAAAUCCGCCGCAUGCUCACGAGACUCUCACGUGAGGUCGUCAACAAAGAGAUCGAGUUAGAGCCUCUCUUGUCCGAUCUUACGUUCAACAACAUCGUGAGAAUGGUUACGGGGAAGAGAUAUUACGGAGACGAAGUCCACAACGAGGAAGAGGCGAAUCUUUUCAAGAAACUCGUUGCCGAUGUCAACGAUUGUAGCGGCGCGAGGCAUCCCGGAGACUACUUGCCCUUCCUCAAGAUUUUCGGAGGGAGCCUCGAGAAGAAAGUGAAAGCUGUUGGAGAAGCCAUGGAUGAGAUCUUGCAAAAGUUGCUCGAUGAGUGUAGGGAAGAUAAAGACGGUAACACAAUGGUUAACCAUUUGCUCUCUCUGCAACAACAAGAGCCAGAGUAUUACACUGACGUCACUAUCAAAGGCCUCAUGCUGGGCAUGAUGAUCGCCGGAACCGACACCUCCGCCGUGACGUUAGAGUGGGCGAUGGCGUGUUUGCUGAAUCAUCCAGAGUCUUUGGAAAAGGCAAAAGUAGAGAUCGACGAGAAAAUCGGACAAGAUCGUUUGAUCGACGAACCAGACCUCGCGAACCUGCCUUACCUCCAAAACAUAGUGUGGGAGACAUAUCGGCUAUACCCGGCGGCGCCACUUCUCGUGCCAAGAUCUCCGACGGAGGAUAUCAAAGUCGGAGGAUACGACGUGCCGCGUGGUACGAUGGUGAUGGUUAACGCGUGGGCUAUACACAGAGAUCCUGAUCUGUGGAAGGAACCGGAGAAGUUUAAACCGGAGAGGUUUAACGGCGGAGAAGAAGACGUUCAUAAGCUGAUGCCGUUUGGGAAUGGACGGAGAUCGUGUCCCGGCGCCGGGUUAGGGCAGAGGAUCGUGACAUUGGCGUUAGGGUCGUUGAUUCAGUGCUUCGACUGGGAAAAAGUCAACGGUCAAGAGAUCGAUAUGACGGAGACUCCGGGGAUGGCGAUGCGUAAGAAAGUGCCUUUACGGGCCUUGUGUCGUUCCAGGCCUAUUAUGAAUAAAGUUCAGGCCCAUUUAUGAAAAAUUGGUCGAGAUGUGAGAUUUUGCUGCGUUUGAGUAUAAUAUUUGUGUGGUGUAUAACUCGAAAAAAGAAAUCUACGUUUGGCCCAUAUUUUAUUGUUUUUUUGUAUUUUAAUGGAUUUAAUCCAAACCUAGGGAUUAUUGGUUUUUGUAUUUUGAUGGAUUUAUAAAUCUUUUUUAGAUUUGAUAAAUUUAUUGAUUUCAAAAUCAGCAAAAUAAA